CUUGCUUUUUCAUCACAAGAAGCAUACGCCGAAGUCAGCGGCACUUCAAGCACACCUCGAUCCUGUUUUCUGCUCGCUGGACUUACAGACCACUGAGACAAGAUGCUCAUUACCAAGCAGAACCGUCGUACCAUCUACGAAAACCUUUUCAAGGAAGGUGUCCUCGUCGCACCUAAGGAUUUCAACCUCCCCGCUCACCCGGAAAUCACCGCCGUUCGCAACCUCGAAGUCAUCAAAGCUAUGCAAUCUCUCACUUCGAAAGGAUACGUCAAGACUCAGUUCAGCUGGCAGUGGUACUACUACACUCUCACCGAAGAAGGUCUCGCCUACUUGCGUGAAUGGUUGCACAUCCCUUCAGAGAUUGUCCCGCAGACUCACAUGAAACCCGCUCGUGCUCCUACUCGUCCUUCCGGAUAUGGCGGCGGCGGCGGUGGUGGUGGUCGAAAUGGUGGUGGUGACGGUGCCUACAGGGCCCCGAGGGGUGACAGGGAGUACAGGCGUCGUGAUGAUGCUGGUGAGAAGGAAGCUCCAGGUGCUGGAUACACCCCUAAAUUCGGCGGUGUUGGCCGUGGUGCUGGUGCUCCUCCUUCUUAGAUACUCGAGCGAGGUUGAGAUGACAGGUGCAUGAGGAUAAACCAUAGUGACGCUCUCUGCGGAUCUAUGCAUCUUCUAUUGCUUGCCAUC